UAAAUAAACACACAAAAAAUGCACCGGUUGCAGGAGAACUGUUGCACUUUUUUGCCAAGACAAAGUUUAUAGUUAAAUGUUCAUUUUAAUUAUUGUUCUGUGAUUUUAAUUAAAAGAAGGAACGAAACGAGUUAUUAAUCGGAGAUAUUCGGACCGUAUACGUAUGUGCAAAGAUGAGACCAGCAUUCGGCACAGAAAUAGUAUUUGUGGAGAUCUAUUUUGAGAACGAGAUAACUAACCACUGAUAAAAUCGUUUAUUACGUCAAUUGAGGCUGUUUCGGUCAUGUUAAUAUGAAAAUGUGAGGUUAAGAACGCAGGACAUAAAUAAACAAAUAAUUAUCAAUGACCGUUCGAACAAACGUCCACAACAGAGCUUUUUAUUGUUAUGUAGUUUUGAGUAUUUGGAUCUUAUUAUUGGUGGCGGGCGUUUACAGAUUUUUCGAGUGGCAUUAUAAAGAAUCGGAACCUGCUGUGGUAACGACGGAACUCUUUAACAAUUUGGGAAUCGCCGACGCCAGGACCAAAAGGAUUUUUAAAAUUUGCAAUUUUCCGGAUGAAAUUUAUCAAGGAGACGAAGGUAUUCUUAAUCCUAACAAGUGGGUUUUGAAAGGUUUAAUAGUUUUAAUCAGGCAUGGUGACAGGGGACCAUUAGAGCAUAUUAAAAAAAUCGCAAACUUAAACUGUAAUACGGAAGAAACACAUAUCUUGUCCUUGUAUAAGUCUUAUGUGCAUAAUUUGACUGUAACAGGCAAAAUACAAUGGACGGGACCGGGCCCUUUUCACGGUUUUUCUGUGCUUCCGACAAACCCAAACCAGUGUCUUCUGGGUCAGUUGACUAUGCAAGGAAUAAGCCAGCUGUUAAAUUUGGGUCGUGUUAUGGGUAAAAGUUACCGCGAAGUGUGGCCCAAACUGGCAAAACUAAAACCCGAGGAGGUUUUGGUGCACAGCACGCGAUACAAACGCACAUUCCAAUCGGUCCUUGCGUUUCUAUACGGGCUAGUGCACUACGACACGGUGACCAAAAUAAAUAUCUUGGAAAGCCAGUCGAUGAGCUUUUGCUUUAAGGACUGUGUAUGUCCGGUUACAGACUCUUUAACGAAAUUCGUAAGAAAAAGUUCGUCUUUUCAGUUACAAUCCCAUCCGGCAGUGGCCACGCUUUCAGACGCCACUGGUCAGCUGCUGUUUUCAUCCGAAGCGGAAAAAAAUACCUUCGCAAAUGAUCCCUAUGCCGUAAGGGACGCGCUACUAGCCUUUAUAUGCCACAGAAGUGGUCUACCUUGCGAAUCUCCCCAAAAUUGCAUCAAAAGGCAUAAUAUUGCGGGUAUUAUGGCGUACACGGACUGGGUAAAUUAUCACAAAUGGAAAAAUAUUCACUGGAGAAGGUUAUGUUUGUUACGAUCGUACGGACUGAUGCGGCAUAUCGUCCAGCAAAUGCUUCAUAUGGUGUCGAAUAAUGGCCCGUAUCUGGUAGUAUAUUCGGGCCACGACCACACCCUCGCCCAACUCACCACCGCGUUAGGCUUGGCGAACGACCCGCUUCUUCUGCGUUACGCAGCCCGUGUCGUUGUCGAGGUGUACCAGGACAACAGGCAAAGUCGCAAUGAUGCAAAGGGGAUCUAUUUCAGGCUAUUGUCCAACGGCAAAGACGUCACGAGACAAAUUAAUUUUUGCAGAAAUCUCGUCAACGUGGAUAGGAAGAAUAGCGUGUGCAAAAUGGAGGACAUCGUCCGCUUCCUGCAUGACGAUUAUUUCAGCACGUUGAACGUCACGAAUUUCAAGGACGCGUGCGCACGCAGGGACGGGACCGACAAAAGUUUCGUCCCCGAGGACGCCGAUUACAAUUUAAUGAAAUUCGGGUAAAGGAAGACUGCUGCUUCACAGUAUUUAUAUUUUAGUUGCGAAUACGCGAGGGGUUGCAGAUUGAGCGACAGGUUCCGUGAAGCUGUACAGAAGUUUUGGUGGAGCUAGUAAAUCAUUAGUGCUGGCGAGAAAAAUAAUACUCACUGUAGCUUUAGCCAUAUUUAAAAGUCUUGGAAUUAUAAUUAAGAAACUUUAACAGCAUAUUCAGCAAAUAAAAAUUAGAAAAAGUUCAUAAAAAUGUCC